AUGAACCCUACCGGAUUCAAAGAUGCAGCCAAGCUCAACGACGCGAGAAUGCUAGCCGAGAGCUUUAGCAAAAAAGGAAAGGCACCAAAAGGAGCCAAAUCCAAAGAUCAGUAUCACAAAGAGGUGGCGUAUCCUGGACCGAACAAACCAAAGUACUACGGUGCAUACGGCCAGCCUCCCACUGCAACUACUCGGCCUACGCGCCUCCAGCAUCCUCGACAAGCAACAUCCCAGUACAGCCCAAUCUGGGACAUCUCCAGCGACGCUCCUGGAGUCCUAGGAAGCAAAGGCGUCAACUUCCUUCGCCGCGCCGAGGUUGCCAAAGAGAACAACCCACCUCCAGAGCCGCAGAAACCCAUAAUCAGACAUGCCAUUCUGCCUCCUGCAGCACAGUUUGACGUAAAGCCAACCCCACCACCACCACAGGCAGAGGUGCAAGAGACCACUCCUCAGCCAGCCAAACCGUCAAUCAUGGACAUGUUUAACCUUGAGAUGCAGAUGGAACUAUUGGCCUUGAACAGCACGCCAGGCGACUCGCCUGGACCCGACGCGGGGAGGGCCGCACACGCUUUCAGCAACCAGCUUGAGCUGGUCAUGGCGACGGAAGCAUCUAACAACUGCGAAGCUGCAGAGGCAUCAGCUGGUACGGCUGGUUGCAAGUGCUCCAGAGUUUUGCAACCCGUCAAACAUGGUUUGGCGCAUUCUCGAUUUGCUACCGCGCAGAGCGAGCCUAUCUCGUCUGACGGCAAAUUCACAUUUAAUCCGGCAGUCAAGCUCCAUGAUGCUACUUGCCCACUGCGAAUCAGCGAGGAAAACGGGGGCAAAUUUACUAACUUUACAUUUCGCCCUGAAGCCGAAACUUUUGUGUCCCGCGGUCCGGACUAA